AUAUUCAGCUUUUUCUUCAUCUUUUUAAAAUCUUCUUUCAUUAACUUUCUAAAAAAGUGCUUUUUACGAAAUGGCGGAAGGUGCCGAAUUAAAACCACUUAAAAAUCAAUAUCCAAAUACAAAUAAUGAUACUAAACCACCGGCACAAUCACCAAAUAAUACAACCGUAAAACAACCGAUUGUUCGUAAACGUAGUUUUAUAAAAACACCAAGUUUCUCCGAAUAUUUAGAACGUUAUGAAAAUGGUGAAUUUGAUGCAUCAAAAAAACCGGAAAUUAUUUUCUGUGGACAACAAUCAACAUCCAAACAAUUGUUAAUUAUUGCACUACUAUUUAUAUUUUUUGUGACAAGUUCGAUUGGUGUAUACACUUUAUGGUGCACAGAUACAUUUGAAGCUGCUAUUUUACAGAAUUUAGUUCUUGCAAACAAUACGGCCGCAUAUUUUAUGUGGAAACAACCACCUGUUAAAACGUUAUUAAGAGUACGAAUCUUUAACUACACAAAUAUUGAUGCAUUUUUAAAUCAAACUGAAAAAAAAUUGAGAGUUGAGGAAGUUGGACCCUAUGUUUAUGAUGAAACAUUGGAACGUGUGAAUGUGGCGUUUAAUGGCAACGGAACUGUUUCAUAUCAAGAACAUCGCAGCUACAAUUUCAGACCCGAUUUAUCGAAAAGAGCACGCCAACAUGACAAAGUUAUAGUUCCAAAUGUACCACUAAUUGGUGCAAUUAGUAUGGUAAAGGACACGUAUUUCGUAACAAGAUGGGGUUUAAAUCGACUAAUCAAAGAAUUAAAAGCUCCACCCUUCAAAGUAUUACCUGCACAUCGAUUUUUAUGGGGCUAUGACGAUUCAUUUAUCUCACUAGCAAAAGGCGUAAUGGCAUUAAAAAAUGAUUUUUCAAUGGAUAAAUUUGGAUUAAUAGCACUUCGAAAUGGAACUUCAAGAGAUCGUAUAACAAUUUACACUGGCGAAACUGAUUUAAAUAAAUUGGGAUUAAUUGAUCGAUUUAAUGGCGAAUCUCAUACACCAUUUUGGUCAACGGAGGAAUGUAAUCGAGUUGAUGGGACAGAUGGGGCACAUUUUCCAUUAGAUGCGAUACAUAAUUUGGAACAGAUAUAUGUUUAUAAUAAAGAAAUUUGCCGUAAAUUGCCGUUGGAGUAUACGGAAUCUGUGAUGAUAAAUUUGGAUAAUGAAGUAGAAAUGCCAGCGUUGCGUUAUAGAUUUCCAAAACAUGUGUUUUCAUCACCAGACAUUGUACCAGAGAAUCAAUGUUUUUGUCACUUAGAUUCAGGUGUUUGUCCACCAGAAGGUGUUUUCAAUGCAAGUCCAUGUGUGUAUGGAUUACCUUUUUAUCCAUCAUUUCCACACUUUUAUCUAGCAGAUCCGAAACUGAUUAAAUCAAUUGAUGGUUUACAUCCCGAUCCAGAAAAACAUGCCACCUAUUUAGAUGUGCAUCCAAAUUUAGCAUUUCCACUUAGUGGAAGUUCUCGCAUACAGAUUAAUCUUCAGAUACGAAAAUCAAGAGAGUUUGACUCUUUUAGCAAAUUUGAAGACGGCACCCUUCUACCGGUUGCUUGGUUAGAAGUGAGUCUAGGUCAACUACCUCCUGAUCUAAUCGAUAUAAUAUAUCAUGCAACAUUUUCUGCAGCCACCAUGAAAACUGUGCUCAGGUUUUUGACAUUAAUUGUUGCGGGAAUAACAUUAAGUUUAUUAUUAACAUGGUUAUAUGCAAAUUACACAAGUAAAUUAUAUAGACGACGUUUAGCUGAACAAAUCAAAUGCAAUUUUAACCCAAAUCAAGAUAUAUCGAACAUAAUUCAACAUCGACCAAUGUCAUAAAAAAACUCAACUUUAUCGAAACCAUUACGUGAUAUAAACUAAUUUUAUACUGUACAAAUUUUUUAAUAUUUUGUGUU